AUGAAAAAAACUUUUUGUUGCUAUGGUAAAACAAAGAAAUGGUUAUUUCAUUUCAUAUCAUUUAUCUUAUGUUUAACUUUACUAUUAUAUCGUACAUUCGAAUGGUUAAAAGCUUAUCAUUUCUUCAUUGAUGAUUAUUAUCAUAUGAAUGGAUUCAUUUACUAUUUACAAAAUUCCUAUUUCAAUAAACAGAAUAUGAAUAAUAAAGAUCAUUAUCAUCACCAUCAUUAUCAUCCUCAUCAGCAGCAGCAGCUGCAGGAGCACCAGCAUCAUUAUCAGGAUAAUAUGAUACAUAGUGAUAAUACAACAUUAAUGGAACCAAAUGUGAUAAUUAGAUUAUGUAAUAUUAAUCCAAUGAGAUUAUCCGCAUUAUUUUCAUUAUUCAAUGGAAGUGAUAUUUAUACUUAUUUAAUUACAAAAUAUGGUAAAAUUGAUAUGAUCAAUUUAUUAAAUGAUACAUAUUUAACACCAGAACAAAUUAAACAUAUGGCUCAUCCACUUUCAACAACAUUGAAAAGUUGUCAAUAUGGUGAUGAUCAAUGUACAAUUAAUGAUUUUAUCUCAAUAUUUACAACACAUGGAUGGUGUUAUCAAUUUCAUUUGAAUUUUUCCAGAAAUGCUGAAUUAAAAUUAAUAUUGGAUCCACAAGAAUAUGAUUACAUAAUACCAAAUAAAGGUUAUGUUGGUUUUUAUUUAACUGUACAAAAUCUAAAUUGUUCACCUAGGCAACAAUUCAAUAUGAAUAAUAAUAAUAAUGAUCAAUCUAUUAUUGUUGGACCAAAGUUUCAUUCGUAUAUUAGUAUACAACAACAAUAUUUUGUCAGAAGUGGAAAUCAUUUUGGAACAAACAUUAAAGAUAUUUGCCCAGCAUAUAAUAUACAAUCAGUUGUACAACUAGAAAAGCUUCCAAUUCAAAUACAUUUAUUACAGAAAUUCAAUACGAAUUUAUUCAAACGAAAUGGUACUGUAGUUCAAUAUGGUAUACUCUAUCAACAGAAAGCAUUUUUACAAAUUUAUAAUCGUACAGCCUAUGAUUUAAUUAAAAAUUUAUCUAAAGAAUUAUAUCAAGCUAAAUUAUUAACAAAAUUUACUAUUCAAUCUAUUUGGAACUUAUACAAGUACUUGAAAUAUUUCAAUCCAAUCAAAUCCAUUCAUAAUACGAUUAAUUAUAAUCAUCAUCAUUAUUGUUAUACUAAAGUAUAUCAAUUAUUCAUUUCAAUUAGUAAAGAUAUUUUAUCAAGGAAUACUUUAUCGAAUAUUGAUCCAGAUCCAGAUCAAGAUCAAGAUGAUGAUGAUCAUUAUCAUCAUGAAGAAAAUCAAUAUUUUAUGAAUAAUCAUACAUUAGAUCAUAUUGAAUUACAAUUAAUUAAUAGUUUUUUUGAAACAAAAGUAAUUGUAUCACCAAGUUCAUCAUUAUUACGUAAGAUAUUAACAGUGGUUAUGAAAUUUCGUUAUCUUCUAUCAAAUUAUAGUAAUUUAUCAUCUACAAUUAUAUCUAAUAAGAAUAAAUCAUCUAUGCUCAAUAUUAAUUCAUUUAUGGAUAAUACUACUCAAUUUAUAUUACAAUUUAAUGUUAUGAAUUGUAGUCAUUUAAUUACAUAUUAUAAUGAACAAAUUAAUAAAUGUGGUGAAACAGCUAGUGGUGCAUUAACAAGAUUAGAUCAUGUUAAUUUACAAUUACAUAAUUUAAUUAAAAAUAAUCAUUUUAUACGUUUAAUAUAUCCAAAACAUUCUUAUCCUUAUACAGAAUUAUCUAUAUCAAAUAUGGUCAGUUUGAGUAUCAGAUUGUCCAAAUUCAAUGUUCCAACAUUUCAUGAAAGUUCAACAUUCCAUAUAGAUAUUUACUUAAAAAGUAAGUUGCUUUUAUAAUGAAAAUAAAGUAAUUUCUCAUGUUGAAUGGGUGGCAGAUAACCA